AGCCCCUCCAGCCACCGACUCAUUUCUUUGAGAAAAUUAGUGACAAAGCUUGAAAUUUCUCCUUCUUUCUUGCUCAAUAACAAGUUUUAGGACUUAGAACUCUCUCUCUCAACCCAGAAAUUUCAGAUCUGCUCUGCUCUUCCUCCCCUGUCCGCCGGUGCUGCUAGGCAUGAAUUUCUGGGCUUUUUCGCCCCGUGACCUUCCUUCCUUCCUUCCGUCGGCUGCUCUUGCUUGUGGGUGUGAUUUUUCCGGUUCUGAUUUCCCCUGAAUUUUUCCUUCCAUGCCGUCGGCCUCCCUCAACCUCCAGCUUUGGUUUUGCUGGGAAAAUUUUGGUUCGUAAUUGUUCUGUCACCCGAGCACUUGGCUUGAGUUUCCAAUUUCGUGCGAUUUGAGGUAAGUAAAUUAUGGUAACGCCCUCUGAUUUUAAAGCACAUUUUAGCUUGUUUUUGAAGUGGUGGGGGACUAAACCCGUUUUACACCAGUAUGAUCGAUUUGAAAUGAAAUUAUAUUCUUUUUAUUGAAUUGAGCAUGCCUACUUGGAAUUUACUUAAGUGCCCUGAUGAACUGAGAAUUUUGUAAACUCUGAUUUUUCUAUUAAAUCCAUGCCCGCAUGAAAAUUUUUCGGUUAUUUUUGAAAUUUGAGAUUAAUUGUGAAUUAUGAUUUUCCUGUUAACUUCUGCCUGUUUUGUCUCUGAUAUGGUCAUGUUAUUCGUGUGCCCGCUAAUGGGAGAUUUAUAAACGCUAGCACAUGUCGACAUGUUACUGAUAGAACCGGUUUGUUUCCGUUAAAUUGUUAUCCUGCUAGUGGGAUUAUACACUAGUAAAUCGUGUGUUUGCCAGUGGGAGGUUUAUAACACUGGCCAUGACCUAUAGAGGGGACGUCUAUUUCAUUUCCGUACUCGUACUUGUUUUUCGUGAUUACACUGGUUGGCAUGCUAUAAGUUUAAUUAAGGGCUAUUCAUAUUUAUUUACUGAGUUAUCUCAUAGUUUUUCCUUGUCCAUCAUUUCAGAAAGCGAAGUCAAGGGUGGGGAAAAACGAGAAAAGUGACGAGUUAGAAGGCUAAUCAUCUUGUAAAUUGAGCAUAGAUUUUAGAUAUAAAUCAUGAUCUUGUAAGCUAGACUCUAUUUGGAGAUUUUAUGAUAUUAGAGCAAAUUUUAUAAUUUUAUUUUCAGAUUUUGUGGUAUCAGAUUGUGAAAACUCGAUAAAUAACUAGCUUUUAGUUACCCAAAAUUUGCUAGUCCAGAUGUACAAAGUUUAUAAAAUAAUCAUGGCUAUAACCAAGGAAAAUCAAUAUACAAAAAAAUGAUUUCUCAAUUUACAUCUAUGUCAAACAUGUGUGGCUAACGGCUUAAGUCCAAAAAGGAUCUAAGUCCAAAAUACUGACUAGCUGUCUAGCUCGUCACUUUCUCUAGUUAACCGUGCCUUGGGUCUCACUUCCUGAAAUGGUGGACAAGGAAAAACUAUGAGAUAAAAUAUCUCAAUAAGUAAAAAUAUGAAUAACCCGUAAGUAAAAUUUAAGCAUGCCUGAUAAACAGUUUAAUGUAACAAAACAUUCAGUGAUAAAUGGUUAAUGCAGAA